AUGGAAGAGAUGGAAGAGGAGCUCAAGUGCCCGGUAUGCGGCUCCUUCUACCGGGAACCUCUAAUUCUACCCUGUUCACACAACCUGUGCCAGGCAUGUGCCCGAAACAUCCUGGUGCAGACGCCAGAGACGGAGUCGCCUCAGAGCCGACGUGCCUCGGGGUCAGCUGGCUCCUCAUCCGACUAUGACUACCUGGACCUGGACAAGAUGAGCCUGUACAGUGAGGCAGACAGCGGCUAUGGCUCAUAUGGGGGCUUUGCCAGUGCACCCACUACACCAUGUCAGAAGUCACCCAAUGGUGUGCGUGUCUUCCCUCCAACUGUCCCGCCAGCUGCACAUCUGCCACCGGCUUCAGCCACUGCCUCAUUGGCACCGGUGCCACGCAAUUCCUGCCUCACCUGCCCGCAGUGCCACCGCAGCCUGAUUCUGGAUGAGCGGGGCCUUCGUAGUUUCCCCAAGAAUCGUGUCUUGGAGGGUGUCAUUGACCGUUACCAGCAAAGCAAAGCAGCUGCUCUGCGUUGUCAACUGUGUGAGAAGAUACCCAAGGAAGCCACAGUCAUGUGUGAACAGUGCGACGUCUUCUAUUGUGACCCAUGCCGGCUGCGCUGCCAUCCACCACGGGGUCCCCUGGCAAAGCACCGUUUGGUGCCUCCAGCUCAGGGCCGGGUCAGCCGGAGGCUCAGUCCACGCAAGAUCUCCACUUGCACUGACCAUGAGCUAGAGAAUCACAGCAUGUACUGUGUGCAGUGCAAGAUGCCUGUCUGUUACCAGUGUUUGGAGGAAGGCAAGCAUUCCAGUCACGAGGUGAAGGCGCUGGGCGCCAUGUGGAAACUACAUAAGAGCCAGCUAUCCCAGGCCCUGAAUGGACUUUCAGACAGAGCCAAAGAAGCCAAAGAAUUCUUGGUACAGCUACGAAACAUGGUUCAACAAAUCCAGGAGAACAGCGUGGAGUUUGAAGCUUGCCUGGUCGCCCAGUGUGAUGCUCUUAUUGAUGCUCUCAACAGGCGGAAAGCCCAGCUGUUGUCACGGGUCAACAAAGAACAUGAGCACAAACUGAAGGUGGUACGUGAUCAGAUCUCUCACUGCACAGUGAAGCUGCGCCAGACCACGGGGCUGAUGGAAUACUGCCUGGAGGUCAUCAAGGAGAAUGACCCCAGUGGGUUCUUGCAGAUUUCUGAUGCACUGAUACGAAGAGUGCACCUGACUGAGGAUCAGUGGGGGAAAGGGACACUCUCCCCAAGGAUGACCACAGACUUCGACCUCAACCUUGAUAGUGCCCCUUUGUUGCAGUCCAUCCACCAACUCGACUUCGUGCAGAUGAAAUUGCCAGCACCACCAAUCCUUCAACUCGAAGAAUGUUGCACCCAUAACAACAGUGCUACAUUGUCAUGGAAGCAGCCACCUUUGUCCACAGUGCAGGUGGAGGGAUACAUCUUGGAACUGGAUGAUGGGAAUGGUGGUCAGUUCAGGGAGGUUUACGUUGGGAAGGAGACAAUGUGCACUGUGGAUGGUCUGCACUUCAACAGCACCUACAGUGCUCGGGUCAAGGCCUUCAACAAGACAGGGGUCAGCCCCUACAGCAAGACAUUGGUCCUGCAGACUUCAGAGGACUCCGAACCGGAGGAGCAGGCCCUGACAUUCCCAGUGCCUUUGGAAAGGCUGCCGCUGCGUAGAUCAAGUCCUUUCUCUUCUACCCUUAACCUGCAAAACAGCUUUCCGGGGAGAUCCUACUUUGAGCUAAGAUCCUCGUCCCACCAAAUGAGUUUGCACUCCUCUUUACAAUCUCUGAAUUCGGCCGGGUGUAGUUUUGAGGCUCAGUCAGGACCUUUCUCCCAAUUAGUUGAUAUUAAAAAAAUGGUAGCAGUGGCUUGGUUUUCGUUUGACCCCAGCACUGCUCACUCCGACAUCAUCUUCUCGAAUGACAACCUGACAGUUACCUGCAACAGCUAUGACGACCGGGUUGUGUUGGGCAAAACUGGCUUCUCCAAGGGGCUCCACUACUGGGAGUUAUCCAUCGAUCGCUAUGACAACCACCCCGAUCCAGCUUUUGGAGUUGCCCGAAUGGAUGUUCUCAAGGAUGUCAUGCUAGGGAAAGAUGACAAGGCUUGGGCCAUGUAUGUGGAUAAUAACCGAAGCUGGUUCAUGCAUAACAACUCACAUACCAACAGGACUGAAGGAGGUAUCACCAAAGGUGCCACUGUAGGCAUCUUGCUUGAUUUGACCAGGAGGACCUUGACUUUCUCCAUCAAUGAAGACCAGCAAGGACCAGUGGCCUUUGAGAAUAUGGAGGGCAUAUUCUUUCCUGCUGUUAGUCUCAACCGGAAUGUGCAAGUCACACUCCACACUGGCCUGCCGGUCCCGGACUUCUACAAUGCACGGGGAUCCAUGCAGUAG